UGUGCAGGGCCAUGGCAGGGGCGGAGGUGCAAGCACAGACAAUAUUUAAGAUGCUGUCUUGGUAGAGCACUUACGCUUGAGAAGCAAAGUGACAGGGCAUCCAUUAGGCUCCACUUUCAGAAGCUCAAGCUUUGAGGAAGGCUAAGGAAGAGUAAGAAAAGAGAGAAAACAGCAGUGCGAGAGGCCAUCCAGAGUGAGUAGAGCUUGCCACAGCUCCGCAGACCUGUGCUAGGCACAGCCAGACUCCACUAAAGGAAGAUCCUCCUCACCCAGACCCACGGAAAAUGCUGACAAAGACUCUCUUCCCUGUGACCUGGCUCAGCAUUUUCAUUGUGGCCUUUGUCACCCAUCCAGUGUGGCUGCAAAAGCCCCCUAAGCGCAAGGCACCUGCACAGGUCCAAGUGGAUGCCUGCUGCAAGGAGGUGAAGGAGCUCAAGGCCCAAGUGGCCAACCUAAGUGGUCUGCUGAGUGAGCUGAGCCAGAAGCAGGAGAGGGACUGGGUGAGCGUGGUCAUGCAGGUGAUGGAGCUGGAGAGCACCAGCAAGCGCCUGGAGUCGCGGCUCGUGGACGCCGAGAGCAAGUACUCGGAGAUGAACAACCAGAUGGACAUCAUGCAGCUGCAGGCGGCGCAGACUGUCACGCAGACCUCCGCAGAUGCCAUCUACGAUUGCUCUUCCCUCUACCAGAAGAACUACCACAUCUCUGGGGUGUACAAGCUUCCCCCAGACGAAUUCCUGGGCAGCCCCGAGCUGGAGGUGUUCUGUGAUAUGGAGACUUCAGGAGGAGGCUGGACUGUCAUCCAGAGACGGAGGAGCGGCCUUGUCCCCUUCUACCAGGACUGGAAGCAGUAUAAGCAGGGCUUUGGUAGCAUCCGUGGAGACUUCUGGUUGGGUAACGAACACAUCCACCGGCUCACCAGACAGCCAACCCGGCUCCGUGUGGAACUGGAGGACUGGGAGGGCGAGGUACGCUAUGCUGAGUACAGCCACUUUGCUGUGGCCAAUGAAGUGAACAGCUACCGCCUCUUCCUGGGGAACUACAGUGGUGAUGUGGGGAACAACGCCCUCUUCUACCACAACAACACAGCCUUCAGCACCAAGGACAAGGACAAUGACAACUGCUUGGAUAAGUGUGCACAGCUCCGCAAAGGUGGGUACUGGUACAACUGCUGCACGGACUCCAACCUCAACGGGGUGUACUACCGCCAGGGCGACCACAAGCAGCACCUGGAUGGCAUCACUUGGUACGGCUGGCACGGUGCCAACUAUUCCCUCAAACGGGUGGAGAUGAAAAUACGCCCAGAAGGCUUCAGGCCCUGAGAGGAGGCUGCUGCAGAGCAGGGCUGCAGCAGACUCGGAGACUCGGAGGGCAGUGUGGGACAGGGAGGCUGCGGAAGGGGCAGCGUGGCCAAGGGCCUGCGAGCUCCACGGAGGGAAGAACUCUGAGAAGCAUAAAAGAUUUUAAUAUGUGCACUGCCAAAGCCAGCACAUGUGCACAAUAAGACUGUGUACCGAGAUGGCCGUAAAUGGGAUGAAGCACUUAACCCAGCAGUUCCUGCCACAUACUGCUCAGGGGCUGGGCUGAGUGGGCUCACUCUGCCCCCACCCCCGACAAAGCAACUGUUUAUUCAUUUUUUUUCUAAGUUAUGUGAGGCAAACAGCAAACCCCUUUGCUAGAAAGGACUGUACUAUUCUGGUCUGCAGAGGUGAGGCCUUCAGUGUUACAGAAAGAAGCAGAAGUAGGUGGUAGCAGAGAACAGAUUCUGUUUUUAAAUCAAACGAAUCAUCUUCAGCCUGCACAUUUUUUAAAAACACAAAAGCUGUUGGGCUGGAGAUGAGCUUUGGAAGUCUGCUGCCGAGGCUCCAGGGCCCUGGACCUCUCCCUCCGCCCCUUGGAGCAUCCUGGGGAACACAGGCCAGGGAGCAGCACCGAGGCGCAGCAGGGCCACCAGGGCCACCAAGGGGCGGUGGGCGGGGGGCUCAUACGCACGCACUCACACCCAACAUGGCAGUCAAAACAUCUGCUUUUACUGACUUUGAAAGAAAGGAGCCCAAAGAGCUUCUUUUUUAUCUUGUCUAUAAAAAAUGGCUGAAAAAUUAAGACAGAUAGCACCAUGAUUAACAGUUUGUGCUGUAUAUGAGCAUUUUGCUUUGUAAAAAUAAAAUAUGGCAGUAU